AGGACGUUCCUCGCUUCUGGAAAGCCUGUGUCAAUCCCCAGCACCAUCGUAACGUCCUGGCUCUCCCAACCCCGGGAUUUGUGGCAUAUACUCGCCGCAAUGUCUCACACCCUCCCAAGCAUCAAGAAGAAGACGAACGCCUUCAUGUCAGUCUGCUGGGUCGGCUCCACAGAGGUUCCGAAUGUCGACUGCAAACCCAUGAUCACGUCGCUACCAAAUGUGAAGUUGACCCCAUCUUUCCAAGCGAUUCAAGCAGCAAUCUCGGCGCUCGAUACAGAUGGCGACGGCGUAGAAACGCACCCCGGGCCCUCAUGCAACCAGCUCUCAUCAUCACCGAGCCGACGUCAGCAAGUUUUCACCGCCUACAGGUUAAUACGCGGCAUCGUCCACGCCUAUGUUAUUGAAUGCAAUGGCACGUCCAAGUCUUCCAGGGUUGGUGGCAUCCGCGAUGUCCGCCACGCAAUCGACUGCCACGUACUCAACGCUUCCAACCUGGCCUUCGUCAGCCCGACAGCUUUCUCGUCGUAG